AUGAAUCCGCCGAUUACAGAGCCUGUGGCGUGGAGGCGGCUGCCGAUGUUAGGGUCAUCCUGGCGCGGCACGAAGAUCGACCAGUGUGCGUUGAAGAGUCGACUGUUGUACACGAGCAGCUGGAUGGAUCGACGUGACAUGUCUGAAGACACUUGCUAUAAACAUCGUAAAUCAGCACAAGUAAUGAUACCAGCGGUGUUCAUGCAGUUCCUACCGCCAACACCCCGGCAUGGCGACCCAACAAAGGCAGAGACCGAGCAGGUCUUCAAGGUUCUGAAAUCACAGAAGGGCAACAAGAUCGUGACAUUUGGCAUCUACAUCUGCCUGGAGUGCUCGAGCGUGCAUAGAAACAUGGGUGUACACAUCAGUUUCGUCCGGUCAACCAACCUAGAUAGCUGGCAGCUGAAUCAGCUACGCACCAUGAAGGUUGGAGGAAACGCCUCAGCUACCGAGUUCUUCACAAGACACGGCGGGGCACUGAUGCUCAACGACUCGGACACCAAGAAGAAAUACUCUAGCCGCUCGCUGAGAUGUACAGGGAGGAGCUUGCGAGACGCGUUCCCCGACAGGAUUGUGGUAGAGGGCGCAGACGCAUUGUCCGUUACGCCAGCUGCACAAGAGGGUGACGAAGACGACUUCUUCUCAUCCUGGAACAAGCCUGCGACCCCCAAAUCACCCGCCUUCGUCUCUCAGAAACCUGCCCCUCCUACGCCCAACCCGCCCGUCAGCCCCCGCACAAUCAGCUCGUCAUCUCUUCGCUCCAAUUCCUCCAACGGAACUGCGCGCCCGACCUCCAAGCUCGGCGCCGCCCGCCUCACUUCAUCUACUACCUCCGUCAACAGCACCACCUCUGCAGCCGCUCCGAAGAAGAGCAAGCUUGGUGGGCUCGGUGCGAAGAAGGCCGUCGCACCCCUCGACUUCGCGGAGGCGGAGCGGAAAGCAGCAGAGGAGGCAGAGCGGAUUAGGCAGCUUGGCUACGAUCGCGAGAAGGAGGAAGAAGCAGAGCGUGCGGCGAAGGCAGCAGCCGCGAGCCCGCUCCCUGGCAGCGUGCGACCGCAGAGCGCGAAGCUCGUCCCAUCGAGCCCCGCGCCCAACACACCAAAGGGGAACACACAGGACCUGGAGCGGCUGGGGAUGGGCAUGAAGCGACUCGGCUUCGGGGGCGUACCCACCCCACGACAAGGCGAUCUCAUCGACAUGUACUUUGGCCGGAACGCGUACGACCCACAGGCCGUCAACGAGGCGCAGACGCGGUUGCAGUCCUUCCAGGGCGCGCAGUCUAUCUCCUCGAACCAGUACUUUGGGCGUGAAGAGGACGAUGAACCCCUGCCAGGCUCCCAAGAGGGUGUCCUUGGCGACAACUUCUCGAACUUGGAGGGAGCUGCAAGGGAUGCUCUUCAAAACGUGCUCGCCAAUCCAGAUGUACAGAAGGUUGGGGAGGGCAUCCGUGCGGGCGCUCUGAAGUUCGCGGACUAUCUCGCCCAGAUGUCCGAACGCUAG